CAGCGCUGAGCAGCUGAGCAGACCGACUGAAAACACUCUCAAAACAGAUCAGCGUUUCCAGGCAGGGCGGAACUGACGCCUCUCUGCUGUGUUGACUGUCCUGAGUAAAGUGCGUCAACAGCAGCAGUGAGAAGGUUUCUGACAGCAUGAGGGUCUGCUGCUGACUGACAGAUGGCCUUAUUCCAGGAGGGGACAUUAUUAAGCAGCGCCAUGGAAACAUCUAACUUUGCCCAUGUCAUCUUCCAGAAUGUGGGGAAGAGCUAUCUCCCCCAUGCUGCUCUGGAGUGCCACUACACACUCACCCAGUUUAUUAAGCCCCACCCCAAGGACUGGGUUGGCAUAUUCAAGGUUGGCUGGAGCACAGCUCGUGACUACUACACUUUCCUGUGGUCUCCUCUACCAGAGAACUAUGCAGAGGGCACGGCAGUCAACAGAUCGGUGGUCUUUCAAGGCUACUAUGUCCCCAACGAUGAUGGCGAGUUCUACCAGUUCUGUUAUGUCACACACAAAGGAGAGAUCCGUGGGGCCAGUACCCCUUUCCAGUUCCGUGCUAACAGCCCCACUGAAGAGGAGCUGCUGGCUGUGGAGGAUGAGGGUGGAUCAGACAUCCUGGUUGUCACCACCAAGGCCAGCUACCUGGAGCAAAAGAUGGAGGAGGUCCGCCUGGAGAAAGAGGAGCUCCAGAAGAGUAUGGACCUCUUGCAGAAGGAGAAAGAUGAGCUGCAGAAGGAGAAGGACAGACUGCAGAAGGAGUAUGAGCAAGAGCAAGAGAGUAGUGCUCAGCUCCGGAGAGAAGUUCAGGAGUUGCAGCUCUCCUCUCAGAGCUUGCAGGAGGAAAGAGAAGAGGUGAAGCGGAGGAUGGAAGAAAACACAGCACGUCUGCUGCAGCUAGAAGAAGACCUUAUUGGAGUCACCCAGAAAGGUCUUCAAAAAGAGACUGAGCUGGACUGCCUUAAAGAUCGGGUGAAGAAGCUCACUGUAGAGAAAGAGGCACUGGAGUCUCAGCUGAAGAAUGAAAAGGAUGAGAAAGAACUCUACAAGAUUCAUCUGAAGAACCGAGAGCUGGAAAACACUAAGCUGAGUGCAGAGCUGCAAAUGUUGAGAUCAGUGGACGUGAAUAAGGAGAACACCAUUGCCCAGCUGAAGGAGGAACUGAAUCGAGCCAAAGCUUGUCUGACAGAGAAAGAAAAACAGCACCACCAGCUGCUGGCCAACAGCUCUCCCUCGGGAGAAAGCAAGGCUCUGCGGGAGCAGCUGAGGCAGAAAGAGGAACAACUGCAGGCCACCCAGCAGCAGGCUGCCAUGCUGUCUGCAGAGCUGCGAGACUCCUCCAGCGCGCGGGACCGGGGCAUGUCCGAGCUGUACAGGGCCAGGCUGGAGGCUGAUGCUCUCAGGCAGGGCCAGGCUGAUGCACGGGCCGAGUGUAGCCGCUUGGAGAAACAGUUGGAAGAUAUGAAGAACUCUGCAGAGAAAGAGGCUGAGUGUAAAGAGUCUGAGAUCAUGGCUGUGGCUGAACUGCAGAGGGAGGUGGAAGAUCUGAAGCUCAGACUGCAGAUGGCUGCAGAACAUUAUAAGGAGAAAUACAAGGAAUGCCAGAAACUGCAGAAACAGGUGUGCAAGCUCUCCGAGCAGCAAGGGGUUAAAAGAAGUCCAGGAUCUGAGGCAGCAGCUGGUCCUCUGUCUGCCAGCCCAGAGGCAUCUGUACCAGGAAGUCCAGGCUCAUCAGACAAUGUGUUGGAUGCCAUCAUCCACGGCAAGCUGAAAGGUGUUAAUAAGGACAUCUAUGAUAAAAGCGACAAAUACAGAAAAUGCAAACAGAUGUUGAGUGAGGAGAAGGAGCGAAAUGGCAUGCUGAUGGAUGAGCUGGCCAAACUGGAGUUGAAGUGGAAGGAGCAGGUGAAGAUAAACGAAAGCAUGAAACUGCAGCUGGCUGCUGAAGAAGAUCGUUACAAGAGUCAGGUAGCAGCCAAGGGCCGGGAGCUGAAGGAGCUGAAGGACAGUCUAGCAGCCUUAUCCAAAGAAAAGGAGCAACUGGAAGGGGUUUUUAGUUUGUGUCUUUGUUAUCAGGAGUUGCAGAGAAGUGCUAGCCGGGAGGAAGAAGAGGAUGACGGUAGUUUGGAUGUGCAGCCAGUUUUUCUGCAGUACCCUCUGCCGUAUCAGCAAGACGCCCCUUCACCUCUCCUUGUGGCUCAGCGCCCUACUGAUCUGAUGUUCGGGAACCCUUAUUCAUCUGAAAGCAGGGACAGUGCAGAUGGGGAGUUCUCUGAUGACCAGAUGCCCAGACUGCCCCCUGCAGGCCCUCCAUCCUGGGACAGUAAUGUGGUUUGCAGCCAGCCUGCACGGAACCUCAGCCGCCCAGAUGGACUGGAGGAGCCAGAGGAGCAGCCAAGCGCUCAAGCCGAUGACCAGCCCACAGUCAGCGACCCACCCACCAACUUCCUCAAUGACGGACAGAUGCCCUUCUGCUUUGACUCCAGUCAGGAGCUGCAGAAGCGCUGUCCACUAUGUGAGGUAAUCUUUCCACCUCAUUAUGACCAGUCAAAGUUCGAGGAGCAUGUGGAGAGCCACUGGAAGGUGUGCCCCAUGUGCAGUGAGCAGUUUCCUCUCGACUGUGAUCAGCAACUUUUCGAGAAGCACGUACUCACUCAUUUCGACAGCAACGCGCUCAAUUUCGACUAGACCUACCACAGAGAGGGAAAAUAAAUGCUCACCUCUACUCCAUUUAAACUCAUUGUUUUCCCGUCUCUUGCCUCAUAACCGCUGCCGUUAACUUUAAGCCGCACGUGAGCAUUCUCUUCUAGGCUGUCACUUAAAUAGCUCUUCACUAGUCUCUUUGCUAAGGCCAUUUACAGCUCAUAUUACCUUACCCAUAAGCAGUGAGAUGAGGGAAGGAGGAUACCAUCAUUGAGUUACAUGAGAGAUAAAGCAGGUUGAAUGGGGGCUGACUGAUUUUAGGGUUACUAUUUAUUUAUGGGUUACAGUGUGUCUCUGAAGGGUAUUCAGUAGAGUCACUCACGUUCAUUAUCACAGCCAGCAAGGUGGAACAAUUCAAAAACAUUUUCCACGUUGAGCCAGCCGCUAGCAGUCUCCAGGCUUUAUGAAAUGUCAGGUAUUGCCUAUUUUCCUCUGUGCUGAUCAAGCACAGUUCUGUACUGUCAGGGCAAUAUAUUAGUUUCUACACAAUGAUCCUAUAUCAUAAAAUAAUCUAUUUUAGAAUAAGCUUUUAAGAUCACAGAUGAAGUAAAAUACAGGCUUUAAUAGGCAAAUUUAAUUGUUUGAUAUGUUUCUUUUUUGUUGUUGUUUCUCUCUAUUUAAAUCAACAUGCAGAGUCGUGGUAAUCCUAUCCAUGAUUCUAAUUUAGUUGCAUGCCUAACAUCUGCUCCUGUGCACUGAAUUUAAGACCUCUCUGUCUGGUUUCCUUUGACACAAAUUAAGCCUAGCCUUGGGACUACAUUUUUAGUGCUGGUUUCCCAGACUGAGAUUAAGCCUAGUCUUGGACUACACAGCAUUCUGAGUAGAGAUUGGGAAAUCUUGGAUCACAAAAAGAUAUAAAAGUGAUUUACUGCAAGAUUGUGGGUAGCAAGUCUGACAAAACUACCACUGAUGAAUUUGUUGUUUGCUUGUAUAAGAGUGCAUAACAUCACAUUUGUUGUUUUAAGCACCACUGAGCACAGCAUUCUAUUAAUCCUAUUACUGAAUUCAUCUCUAUGCUAGGCUUAAUCUGUAUCAGUUAACCAACUUGACUGUAUUUCAUUGUUUAAGUUUAAGACAUUGUCCUCUAGACAUGUUUUUUCUUGGUAUGUAUGUGUGUGCGUGUGUCUUCUAUACCCAGUACCAAUAAAGAUUUUGUUUGGAACAAUA